CCUACGCAGAAAAAGAGUGUUGCCCUUCGUCUCUCUCUCAUAUGGUGGCUGAAAUCAUAUCUAUAUUUUUUACAGAGGAAAAUUCAGAGAGAGAGAUUGAACUCACAUGUCAAGAAAUUAAAUUCAAAAUGACUUUGACGAAGACCAUCGUUGUCAAGUCUUGCACAAAUUUUCUCUCUCUCUAAAGUUGAAAAGCAGUCUGUUUGAAUCGCCAGGCAUGAGCAUUACCCAGAAAACCCCAUAAUUCACUCAAUUCUAUAGCCAAAGUUUUUGAGAAUAAUGGACAGGAGCGUCCAUCUGAUUCUCUGUGAUUUCAUUAUUUCCUUCUUGUGGGUAUGUUCAGGGGCCGCCAUUAAGCUUUUUGUGGUCCAAUUUCUAGGGUUAGGGUUUGAACCCAAAGGGGAAAUUCUGAGAUGGGUUCUUGCCAUUUCUGCCAUGUUUUUGUUUGCAUGGUUUGGGAAAUUAACUGGAGGUGGGUCUUAUAAUCCCCUCACUGUUCUCUUACCUGCCAUUACUGGUAGCUAUCAUGCCUUGCUUCUCACUAUAGUGGCCAGGAUUCCAGUUCAGGCAUUUGGUUCUUUGCUUGGGGUUAAAUUUGUGGUCCAUAUUUUGCCCCAAGUGGGUUAUGGUUAUCGCCUGAAUGUGGAUAUGCACAAGGGAAUGCUGACAGAAGGGGUUCUCAGCUUCAUUAUUGUGAUGGUUUCACUUUGGCUCUCAAAGAAAGAUGCACACAAUUUCUUCAUGAAAACAUGGAUUUCAAGUAUCUUCAAACUCUCUCUCCAAAUUCUUGGUUCUGAUUUAACUGGAGGAAGCAUGAACCCAGCCUCUGCAUUUGCUUGGGCACAUGCUCGAGGCGAUCACUAUACAAAGGAGCAUUUGUAUGUGUAUUGGCUUGCUCCCAUUGAGGCAACACUCUUGGGGGUCUGGAUCUUUAGGUGGCUUGCUCAGCCUCAAAAAGAACAAGUAGAUAAGACGACCAAGAUCAAGAAGAGCGAGUAAAAGGUGUCUACAAAGUGCACUAUCAUGGCUUAGGCCUCUAAGCUUCAUUGAUGGAACCACCUAGGCAAACAUGGUGUAUUUUCGCUGACUUUAGAUCCAUUGUGUAAAAAUUGUGUAAAUUGAUUGGUUGGUUUAUCAAAGGCAGGAACAUUUUUUCGUUCAUGAAUCGUAAGCAAGAAGGAAAAAGAAUGUGGAAUUGUCUCAUGGUUGUGGCUUUGGUUUGUUGGGUAUUGGUUCUGAAGCAUGAAUAUUUCCGUCGCAUUAAGGUC